AUGGCACCUUACGAACUACUAUACGGGAGAAAAUGUAGAACUCCCGUAUGUUGGGGCGAGGUAGGACAAAGAGAGCUUGCGCCAAGUGAUUUAAUAGCAGCAGCAAAUGAAAAGAUUGAAUUGAUUAGAACUAGAUUGAAAGCGGCCCAGGAUCGGCAAAAAGCUUACGCAGAUAAGAGGAGGCAUCCUAUCGAAUUCCAAGUCGGAGAUUUGGUUCUAUUAAAAGUGUCCCCAUGGAAGGGUAUAAUUCGUUUUCGCAAACGGGGAAAGUUAGGUCCUCGUUAUAUCGGACCGUUUAAAAUCUUGGCUCGGGUUGGAAAUGUUGCUUAUCGAUUAGAACUACCACCCACCCUGGAUGGAAUCCACAAUACCUUCCAUGUAUCACAGUUGAGGAAGUGUCUUGCGGAUGACACAGCAUUAGUACCACUCGAUGAUAUUGAGUUGGACGAGGGAUUGAACUAUGUCGAAAGACCCAUAGCCAUUAAAGACUUCAAAGUAAAGAAUCUCCGCAACAAAACUGUUAGACAAGUGUUGGUACAAUGGCAACACCGAAAAGGUUCAGAUCUUACAUGGGAAGCAGAAGAUGAGAUGAGGAGACACUAUCCUUUUCUUUUCGGCGUAAAGGAGGAAGGUACAAGCACCAAGAAAACGGAAGGCACGCAAGAUCGAGGUAAAACUCCACUAUAG